AACACUUACAGUAGAUCACCUGUUUUAUUCACUAUUGGAAAAUCCAAUAAUUAAAAUCAUUUGUUGGUGUGUGUGCUCAGCUUGAAAACAAUUUUUUUUUCAAAAGAAGGCAAGUUGAAGUUCUACGAAGCACUGACCGUUCUAAAGGCAUCGUUUCUGGAAGCUGACCAGGAGAAAAAGGGUGUCAUUGAUGUGAAGCUUGUACCACAACUAAUUCGCAAACUACUCGGUAUCCAGCCGGUUUUAUUCAACAAUAAUAACAUUGCGCUUCACAUAUACCGGAACGACAAGAACGGUGUUUUGAAAUUUGUGGAUUUUGUAUCAAUCAUGUCAGAGACGAUGGCUCAGACGACAGAAUGGGGCGCCCUCAAAACAGAUGUAACUGGCUAUGUAGGAAUUGACACAAUCCAAGAGCAAAUCAGACGAAAGGCACUAAAACGAGGAUUUGAAUUUAAUAUUAUGAUGGUUGGGGCAAGUGGUUUGGGUAAAUCUACAUUAGUGAACACACUCUUCAAAGCCAAGAUUGCGAGACGUUCAUGCUUACCUGAAUCUAACAAAGAACCAAUCAUUCCAAAGACAGUAGAAGUUAAGGCGAUAAGUCACGUAAUUGAAGAGAAAGGUGUAAGGUUGAAGUUAACCGUCACCGACACACCUGGAUUCGGUGAUCACAUUAAUAAUGAAAACUGUUGGCUUCCAAUAAUAGAGUACAUCAAUGAUCAAUACGAGAAGUAUUUGUCGGAAGAAAUUAACACAAGUCGAAAGAAACACAUUCCAGAUACCAGAGUACAUUGCUGUCUCUACUUCAUUGCACCUACUGGACACAGUUUGAAACCAUUGGAUGUAGAGUUUAUGAAACGACUUGACAAAAUUGUGAACAUUGUACCAGUAAUAGCCAAGUCUGACACUCUAACAGUUGAAGAGAGGGAGGCUUUCAAAAAAAGAAUAAGAGAUGAGCUGUCUUCGCAGGAAGUUAGCACUUACCCAAUGAAGGACCUGGAUGUAGAUGCAGAGGACUCAGCCAUCAAUGCUGCCCUCAGGGAAAAAAUGCCAUUUGCUGUUGUAGGAAGUGACAAGGCACAUAAAGUGGAAGGCAAGGAUGUCCUUGGCAGGAAAACAAAUUGGGGUCUUAUUGAAGUUGAGAAUCGAAAUCAUUGCGAGUUUGCAGAUUUAAGGGACAUGUUGGUCAGAACUCACCUGCAGGACUUAAAAGAGGUGACGCAUAGCAUACACUACGAGAACUUCCGCUUUGACAGACUACAAGCCAGAAAAAACUUUGAGAAGGGUGACGCAAAGAACAAAAAAAUUGACGAAAGCACUUGUUAAAGAGACUACUACGGUAAUAAGUACAGUAUAUACUUAAUUCAUAUGCGAGUUAAAUAUCUUUGUUCUUUUCUAGUAAAAAUUGUCCAUUUAUUCAUCCGGCCUGUUUCCUGCCAUCUGUGUUAGAAAUUGUCUCUAUGAUAAGAAUUGUUUUGAGGAAGUUUAUCAUGAUGAAAUUUAGAAUUUGAAAUGUUUCUGAAAAAUGUAUUUAUUCAUUUGCAAUUUACAAGCUCUGCUCCAAUCUUCCAUUUCAGUACAUCCUUUAGAUGCAGAAAUUAAACACAUCCACAGUGUUUUUAUCAAUAAUAAAAGCAGUUAUACUGCCUUUAUGAUGAAUUAUAUUAAUAAUAAUCAUAUGCUUGGUAUAGUGCCCUAUUGUCCAGCAUUAGGAUUGUUCCACCACACUUUCUCCGCAAGAAAAGUAUCGAGUUGUAGAUUUAGUUUCACUAGAUGUAGGCCAGGUAAAAGGACAAUGUAUAAAGUUCUGUCCAGACUAUCAAAUUUUCUUUGACAAAGAACAAUUUUAUGCUCAUAUAUAGUCAUGAUGUGCCUAUAUAUGGUCACGUUUUUGUCAAAUCAUCAUCUGUUUUCUGCCUACUGGCAGGUUCUCCAAUUUUUUCUGUCAUAUGACCUAUUUUUCAUGAUGGCUUAACUUUUAUUUGUUUCCUUCAGGUCAUCUAACAACCACCUCAAGGUUGCUUUCCUUCUACUGUUUCUUCAAUAAUAUCUCUCAAAAGAAAAAAUAAUCUCCUCUAAGUAUAUCAUCAGCACAAAGAAACACAAACUUUGAUUCCAACCAAAAGAUUGUUCAAAGAAAAAUGCAUUUGAAGUGAACUACUUCACAAAACUGUAAAUUUCACUAUUAAGAUAUCAAAAUUUCAAAUAUUUUGUUACAUUUGGUUAAAGAUAAAGCAUAAAACAAUUCAAAUGUUCAAUUUAUUUUUCUUUUCUUAACUUUAAUUAACCUGUUAAUUAGCAUGAAAUGUUUGUAUCUUGUUUGUGAUUAUAGGCCUGCAAACUAGGCUUAUCCUGUUUAAACCAUUAUUUUUUCUAAUAGUUCCAUCCUAUUUUAAGAAGGGUAUGCCUAGGAAAGUUAUGGAAUCUAAUCUUUACGUCUAGCCUAACCCCAGCCAUGCCUUAUCUAGCCGAUCACAACGAUUGCAAUGCCACCAUGCAUCUUCUGAAAGCCCACUGAAAAUUUAUAUCCGUUCAUGAAAACAAAAAAAUGGCUAAUUAGUCUAAUUAAGUAAAUACUAAUUUAGUUGCACUCUUAACAAUUAUGUGAAAAGGUAGAGUUCAAUGUACAUAAUAAACAUAUCAAAGAAAAUGUUUUUUAAAUAUGAUUUUUUAAGCUUGUGUGUCUUUGUGGUGUCGGUGACGAUACCCUCAAUCCAUUUCUUCUUUCUAUCUUUUACCAUAGCUAAAAUGUUCGUUAGUUUCUCUAGUACUUGUUCAUGUCCACAUUGCUAAAGCUUUCAGUCUGUCUAUUUCAUUUUUUCUCAAAUAUAGUUUGAUAAUCUGGGCAGGUCUUGUGAAUGCACAUUGAGUGACAGAUAUGUGAUUUGCAUCAUGAUGUCGUUAUCACACCCAUAUAUGGGCCAAUUACUUAUAAAUAAUGUCCACUGAGGUUAACAUACUUAUCUGAUACUUGAUAUGAAGUUAUCUAGCUGUGGGGAUUCCUGCUUCAAAACAAAUCAAGUUAAUGCGAUGUCAUUUGACAUCUGAUACAAUAUACCUAUCCCAAACUGUGCGCUAAUGGUCCAUUAGUAUAAAGAAUAUGACUUUAUUAGUUGUUUAUGGUGAACAGUUUACAGCAGAGAUAGAUAUUUUGGCAUUGUUAAGUAUAAAAAAGUGCCUCUCCUUAAGACCAAUAAAAUUGGAUUUACUGGAAUUAUACAACAUUAAAUAUAAAAAUAUGCUUCCAUUAUAAACCUCUUUGAUUUAUAUUAUUACUGUAUUUUUUAUUUUAAUGAUAAUAACAAUCAGAUGAAGAUUGUAACUAUUAUUAUAAUUUUAAGAAUUUUGGAUUUUCAAUCAAAAGUGGUAUGAACUGGACAGAUAUUUUUAAAACAAUUUAUAUGAAAAUUAUAAUCAUUUAGAAAUGAUUGAAAUAUUGAGAAUUAUAGCAUGUUGUUACAUAUGGCAAUUAAUUUUGAGUGAACAGGUAGUGAAGGUGUUUGUAAUAUGUAACUAUGCAGACCAAAUUUUGUAUCCCUCUAUGUAUUAAAUAUUAUAUACACUAUUUCAUUUUAUAUUUAAACCUGUUUUAUAUCUAUUCUCAUUUACGCCCUUUUUUGUUAUUUAUUAUAUAUAAAAAUAUUUUGUAAUCAAAAUUAUUGAUAAUAUACUUAACAUGAGUACAGCCAUAGAUAUAGAAUAUUUUUCUUUUUUUCAUAUUUGUUGUCAAUUUUUGUAUUGUAUUAUCUCCAAUGCAUGCACAAGUUAAUUUUUAAAAAUAUAUAUUGACUGUAUUGAGUCAAUGAACUUAAAAAUAAAAUAUAAAAAUUUCUUAGGUUGUUUAAGUAAGUUGUUCACUUUUAAGUGAAAAUUGUAAAAAGAAAAUAAUUUCCUACUUUUUCACAGUACAUUUAUUUUUUUUCUUGGUAAUCAAUUUAACAUUUUUUAUUAUGUAAAAAGGCAGUGGCUAUUGUUACACCAGUAUUAAUCCAAUUUUUAAUUAUGAUUGGAUUUUUGGACAAUCAGAAUCAAGAAUUGAUUUCAGACUACAGUAACAACCAGGGGUGGCACCAGCCACAUUGACAAUCAGGAAAUAAUGGCUCCUUGAUAAUCUGUUUUUUCUAUAAGUUCCCCAGAACUUGACUAUAAUUGCAUAUUAAUAAUCAUUUGAAAUAAUUAAGCAUUUCAAUAUAUAGCUGACUCUUCGGAGUUACAAUAAUUUACUGUAUUUGCUUUAGCUGUCCCUGACCAUCGUUUUUGUUGUUUCUUGUUAUUGUGUUUUUUAAUGUCUAUAUGGUCAAAUAAAUAAAUGAAAAUGAAAUGAA